AUGUGCUGCACCGAGCUUCUUCUCUCUCUAUCCCAAUUGGUGUUUUUUUUUUUCUCCCCCCAAUACUCAGUUUGUGUCUGUCUUCCCCACUCCACAACCUUUAGUUUCUUGUCCUUCUUCUUCCCCCAUCCCACUCAAUCUGUCACUUUCCUGCACCCCCCCACUGUUAACAUAUAUGAAUUUUCUACCUCUCCACACUCUGGUCUGUCACUUGUUCCUUUCCACACCAUGCUCUGGUCUGUCACUGGUCCCCAACAAACACCACCACCACACUCUGGUCUGUCACUUAUUUUCCCUCCAUGCUCUCCUCCCUCCCCACACUCUGCUCUGUCACUCAUUCCUCCCCACCAGCGCUUUGGCCUGUCACUCGUUCUUGUUUGCGCCCCCCAAUCUGGCCAGUCACUCGUUCGUGUUUGCGUUCCCCCCCAAUCUGGCCUGUCACUCCGCCCCCCCCCCGUCUGGCCCCCCCCAAUCUGGCCUGUCACUCGUUCGCCCCCCCCAAUCUGGCCUGCCUGUCAUCUCUGUUCGUUCCCCCCCAAUCUGGCCUGUCACUCGUUCGUUGCCCCCCCAAUCUGGCCUGUCACUCGUUCGCCCCCCCAUCUGGCCUGUCACUCGUUCGUUUCCCCCCCCCAUCUGGCCUGUCACUCGUUCUGUUUGCCCCCCAAUCUGGCCUGUCACUCGUUCGUGUUUGCCCCCCCCAUCUGGCCUGUCACUCGUUCGUGUUUGCCCCCCCCAUCUGGCCUGUCACUCGUUCGUGUUUGCCCCCCCCAUCUGGCCUGUCACUCGUUCGUGUUUGCCCCCCCAUCUGGCCUGUCACUCGUUCGUGUUUGCCCCCCCCCCAUCUGGCCUGUCACUCGUUCGUGUUUGCCCCCCCCCCAUCUGGCCUGUCACUCGUUUAUCAUUACCCCCCCAAAUUUGAUCUGUCACUCGUUCAUCAUUGCCCACCCCAAUUCCCCCCCCCCAAAUUUGGUCUGUCACUCGUUCAUCAUUGCCCACCCCCAAUUCCCACCCCCCCAAAUUUGGUCUGUCACUCGUUCAUCAUUGCCCCCCCCCAAAUUUGGUCUGUCACUCGUUCAUCAUUGCCCCCCCCAAAUUUGGUCUGUCAACGUUCAUCAUUGCCUCCCCCCAAAUUUGGUCUGUCACUCGUUCAUCAUUGCCUCCCCCAAAUUUGGUCUGUCACUCGUUCAUCAUCCCCCCCCAAUUUGGUCUGUCACUCAUUGGUCAAAACCCCUCCCCGCUUGCCUUGUCUGUCACUUUUCUCCCCUUCUACUCUGUCCCACUUUGUAUUGCCCCUCCCUCCCUCUCUGUCCUUCCUCAACUCGUUCUGCUUUGUCCUUUUUUUUAUCGCCUCCCCUUCUCAUAUUUUCUUUUUUUUUUUUUCAUCUUGCUCUGGUUUGUCAUUUUUUCCCUGAAAGCCCCUCUCCUCCCUUGCGUGCCCCCACCCCGUUCUGGUCUAUACGUUCCUCGCCCCCUUGA